GGAAUGGGAUCUCCAUCGUGCUGCUCAUCUUCACCGUCCUGGAGUUCUGCAUCGCUGUGGCCACCGCUAACUUCUGGUGCCGGGCCACUCGCCUCAGCUCCAACGAGUCCAUGCUGAUUGUGCCCAGCACCACGCGGGUAGCCCUGGCAGCCCCAUCGGCUGAGCUGCCCCAGCCACCCAGCUACACCGAGGAGAUGGUGUCUGAGAUGCUGCAGCGCCUGGAGUGCUCCGUGUUGGGGGACGAGCUGCCGAACCCCAGUGUCCUGCUGGCCCUGAACCUGGCCGGGGACUCCAGCAGCCCAGCACACAAACUGCUGCUCCAGCAGCUGAAGGAGGAGGCUGUGAAGAGGGCCAACAAAGACAUGGCCUCGGGUGAGGUGGCUCUGUACGUGCUCGCCUUCCUCUCCUCCUGCCAGGACCCACAGCAGGUCCAAGCCAUGGGGCUGAGCGUCAACAUGCUCCACAUCCUGCAGCAGGAGAUGGACAGGGAGCUGGCCAACAUGGAGGUGGAAGGUGUCCCCAAGACCACCCUCUACAGCGUCAGCCUGGCCGCCCUCAGCCUGUGCCUGGCCGGGGUUGGUGGUUACCAGGAGGCCUCGGUGGUGCUGGCCAAGCAGCUGCUGA